AUGUCUCGAUGUCCGCGAAACGGGGGUACGCUGAAUCUGCAAAGUACCCCAGCGCAGCCUCCCGCUGCUGCUUCUCAGAACACCCAGAACCCACUAAACCCGCAGCCUCGCGUCCCGCGAACUCACACUUCUCCAGCAAUCAUUCAAUUGUUGAAAAAUCUCUCUCUCCCUAAUAUUUUGCAAAAGAAUAAGGGGAUUGAUGCCGAAAAUGAUGCCAGAUCUGCCAAGACCCUGAACAACGCUCUGGACCCGGUCGCUCAUCCUCAACCGGGAUCAGAAGUUGCUUCCUUGAUCACCAUCGAUCCCGAGGAUCUUGCCCGAUUGAGGGUCCCUUCGAAAUUUAUGGCAUAUUUAGCUGAAAACCUGGUCUUGAACUGGUUGUAA